AUGUUCAGCACUGUCACUUUUUUCACUCUUUUGACUGCCCUUUCCGGCGUCACUGCUCUGCCUUUCAGCGAUCUUGUCCGGUCUCUUCCUAGAGAUAUCACCCAUAUCGCUGUCGACGAGGGCAAAAGGUACCCGGUUGACGAUGCCUCGUCCAGCAGUGUCGAGCGUCGUGCCGCCAGCCAAUGCGCGCAACUUUCCGUUGAUGAAGCAAAAACCCUUUCUGGAUGGGAUGCCAUCGUUCAAUACGCCAAUGAUAACUGGGGCAGUGGCUCCCGCAACAUUGUUACGAACCCUUCCGACUAUGUCGACAGCCCUGCACAAGUCUGUAUCACGGACGAUGUUGUCCAGCUCAGCUUCUCUGGCGAUCCGGUCUGCCAGACACAUACCGCCUCUUCUCAGGGCACUCUCGUUGGCACAGAAGGCGAAGUCGACAUUGAAGUCGACCAAGGCUUCAAUACUGAUACUUCUUACACCAUGAGUACUGCUUCGACGAUUGGUGUUUCCGAUACGCUUACUGUUAAAAUCGGUGUUCCAGAGGUAGCCGAAGUGACAGAAGCGUUGACUAUCUCUGCUUCGGUUACCGAUACCACGUCGAGCACUUUCGACGUAUCUUACAACGACGUGAGCAAGGUGACCAUAAAGAUGACUGCACCCGAAGGCAAGACUUGCAAUGCUCAGACCAGCACCAAGACUUGUAAUAUCCAGGCCACCGGUAACAUCCGCUACCUCGCGACCGGCUGGAUUUGGUUCAACUACAACGACAAGACACAGGGUCACUACAAAUGGGCCGCUAACAUUGAUUCUAUCUUGACGAACCAGGAUGACCGCUCCAGCUUUGCCACCUUCAAGGGCUCUAUGGUCGCGAAUACCUACACCAGCUAUGCUGGAAACUGCCAGUAA